ACGUGUUUAUUUUCGUACACGUUAAGCUAGUCCGUCAAAGAUGGCGGCGCGGAGGGACCCCCGUCCGUCGAGUGGAGGGUCAAAAAAUAGCGAAAGAACGUUAAGAAACUGGAUAAAAACGCGUGCUAAGUGGGAUUAUUUGAUGGGAAUAUUGAAAGAUCCACGGAGAUUAGCAACGUUGGGCUGCAUCUUUGUGAUUUUAGAGGCGAUAUUGAACGUAAUAGUAAUCGAGAAAGUGAGGUACACUGAGAUCGACUGGACGGCUUACAUGCAAGAAGUAGAGGGAUUUUUAAAUGGUACAACUGAUUAUGGAAAAUUGCGUGGUGACACGGGUCCUCUGGUUUAUCCAGCCGGUUUCGUCUACUUUUUCGCGCUUUUGUAUUACGCGACCUCUGCUGGCGCAAAUGUAAAACUCGGACAAUAUAUUUUUGCGCUACUUUACAUUGCCGCGCUGUGUCUCGUAUUACGAAUUUAUUCGCGUACCAAAACAGUCCCCCCUUAUGUGCUCAUCCUUAUAUUCUGUACUUCUUACAGAAUUCACUCAAUUUUCGUUUUAAGACUGUUCAACGAUCCCAUUGCAAUGAUCUUUGUAUUCGCUGCGAUAAAUGCAUUUUUGGAUGAAAAAUGGUCCCUUGGAAGUGUACUUUACAGCCUAGGAGUUUCCAUCAAAAUGAACGUCCUGCUUUUCGCUCCUGGACUUCUCAUCGCUUAUCUCGCUAACUUGGGCCUUGCUGGGACCCUCUUUCAACUUUCUAUUUGCGCAGGCAUUCAACUGAUCUUGGGAUUCCCUUUCAUAGCCACCAACCCUGUUUCUUAUUUGCGGGGUGCUUUUGACUUUGGCAGAGUAUUCCAACACAAAUGGACCGUCAAUUGGAGGUUUUUGCCCGAAGAAACGUUCGUCAGUCCACAUUUUCAUCUUGCUCUACUUUUUUUGCAUCUCGCUACUCUCGCCUACUUCAUUCCCAGCUGGAUCACAUACAUGAAGUCCUAUGCUCGAUUAAAACACAUUGAGAAAACUAUCAAACCUCAACUCAAAGGUGACGAGACCGUCGACAUGUCUGUCAACUCCAGACUCUUCGUUCUUCCACUCUUCGCAGCCAAUUUCAUUGGAGUUGCUUUUGCAAGGUCUCUCCAUUAUCAAUUCUACGUUUGGUACUAUCACACCUUGCCCUACAUCGCCUGGCACUCGCGCUACAGCGAUACCACACGCAUCGUCAUUCUUGGCAUCAUCGAACUCUGCUGGAACACUUAUCCCAGCACAAUCUACUCCAGCGCUGCUCUACAUCUUUGCCACUUAGCUCUACUUUAUGGUCUUCAUACCAGUCGUGUCACUGCUAUCAAAGCCGAAUAACCAUCAAUUCUAUUCUGCAUUUAUUUGCCAAAAUGAAACUAUUUUUCAAAUGUUCCAUAAGAACAAAAUGACUGGAUUCCGAUUUUCUCUUCUUAAAAAAAGACAACUGUUUGGUUUGUAUUGUUGAAACUUUGAAGAAAACAUUUAGCCUUUGUCAGGGUGCAGUAAUUCUUGAAUCCCUGGAAUAAAAUCUUUGAAAGAUAAUAUUUUUGUAAUUGAAAAACAUAAUUGUGUGGAAGGAAAUUGUUGAGUGUGAAUAGAAAUAAAAAAUUGUAAAAUUUUGAACUGGAACUGCAAGAUUUUCGAGUGUGUGGGAAAAAAAACGAUUGUUCGAGGUUAUCGGAUGCUUUGGGAUGUUAUACGACGAAUUGUUAAUUUGUUAAGGAUUUGUGGAUGUGUGCGUUCGACAAUUACGAAGUUAAAACUAAUUUACGGAAGUUAUAACUUCGAUGCGUGCUUCCGUGUGCAAUGCUUUGUAAAGCAACAUUGAAAUAUAAAGCUGAAAAUGA